AUGUUUUGUAAUUUUUGCGACGAGAACAGAUUUCAUUUAUGGUGGUCUAAGGUCAAGAGAUAUUGGGCAGAUCGUGAUGUCCCCCAUCUGCCGCCAGUUCCACUUGUGGGCAACAUGACUUUCCUGCUAAGAGAGAAUAUCGUUUAUUGGUUGGAAAGGGUGUAUCAUCAACAUUAUGAUAGGCCCUAUGUAGGCUUUUGGAUCUUCUGGAGACCUGGACUGCUCGUCAAUUCACCGACUAUAGCCAGGAACAUAUUAAAUAGAGACUUUGACAUCUUCAAGAAUCGUUCUUUGAGUUCUGGUAACACAGAUCCUGUUGGUGCACUGAAUCUCUUUACCGCCAAGGAUCCUCUUUGGUCACAUUUACGACUGCAACUCGGCGGUUUAUUUACAAGUGCAAAGCUCAGAAAAUUUCAAGAUUACACUCGAAUCAAAUCGAAAGAAUUAGUUCAAAGGAUCCAUAAUGAUCGCAACAGCAAGAUUGACAUGUUGACUCUUUUUAAUGAUUACACAACCGACGUAAUCGGUACUACGUUGUUUGGCAUUAAGAGCGAUGCUACUUUGACGGGAGCUGGUCCUUUAAGGGACAUCACUAAGGACUUCUCAAAAUAUAGUUUAUUUAGAAGUAUAGGCUGGUUUAGCAUCUUCUUCAUUCCGGAAUUGGUUGAUAUUUUCAGAUUUAAAUUUUUCCCAAAAUCUUCAAUCAAUUAUUUUAAAAAAAUAUUUCAAAUACUUUUAUCGCGACGUGAAAAAAACGAGAAAAGCAAAGACACUAAAGAUCUAUUGGACUUCUUGCUUAAUAUUAAAAAACAAAAUGAAAGUUUUUCAGAUGAUAUAAUUGUAGGCCAGGCUGCUGUUUUCCUAUUAGGUGGGUUUGAUACUUCUGGAAAACUCCUGACAUUUUCAGUUUAUGAACUGGCACAUAAUCAAGAAAUACAGAACAAAUUAUAUCAAGAAUUAUCAGAAACUAUGCGUUGUAAAGAAAAUGACGACUUCAAUAUGCAAACACUUAUGGAAUUGCCAUAUCUUAACGCGGUCAUUAAAGAAACACUUCGAAUAUAUAUUCCAAUGGGAUGGAUCGACAGAGUUGCAUCAGAAGACUACAAGAUAGAUGAAAAAUUGACUAUAGAAGCUGGUACCGUUGUUUAUAUUAACGCAGUUGGAAUGCACAAAGAUCCUAAAUACUUUCCCGAACCUCACAAGUUUGAUCCCGAGAGAUUUUUACCAGAAAAUAAGCAUAAAAUCGAACCUUACACCUAUUUACCUUUUGGAGAGGGACCAAGGGCUUGUAUCGGCAAGAGGUUUGGUUACAUGACGGUACAGUUCGCUCUGACACACAUUUUACUAAAAUAUAAAAUUCUUCCGUAUCCCGAUUCAACCAAGCCCUCAGAGAUGAAAGUCAAUAGUAAGACUGUUUGGUUCUUCCCAGGAGAAGAAAUUCAUGUUCAGUUCAUUCCAAGAUAA